AUGAGAAUGCUUCUGCAUUUGAGUGUGCUAGCUCUUGGAGCUGCCUACGUCUGUGCCCUUGCUGUAGAAAGUCCCAUGAACAGACUAGUGGCAGAGACCUUGACACUGCUCUCCACUCAUCGAACUCUGCUGAUAGGCGAUGGGAACCUGAUGAUUCCUACUCCUGAACAUAAAAAUCACCAACUCUGCAUUGAAGAAGUCUUUCAGGGAAUAGACACACUGAAGAAUCAAACUGUCCAAGGGGAUGCUGUGGCCAAACUAUUCCAAAACUUGUCUUUAAUAAAAGGAUACAUAGACCUCCAAAAAAAAAAGUGUGGAGGAGAAAGAUGGAGAGUGAAACAAUUCCUAGACUACCUGCAGGAGUUUCUUGGUGUAAUAAACACUGAGUGGACAACGGAAAGUUGAGACUAAAUUGGCUUAUUGUAGUGAAAGAUGUUGAAGGGGAGAAGAUGUUUUAUUGCAAUGAGAAUGAGGGCCAAUCAAGGGUGGGACCUUAAUGUUGGGUGUAAUUAAACUUCAGAGGCAAAGUAAAUAUUUCAGGCACACUGCUACUUUCCCAUGUCACACAGGCAGAAAGCAUAAAUAUUUGAGAUAUAUUUCAGAUAUCGGAAUCAUUGAAGUAUUUUCUUCCAGUUUGCUCAAGGCAAAACAGAUAUAGGCUUUUAUCUUAUUUAACGUAACAUUCUGUAAAAUGUCUGUUAACUUAAAUAUUAUUUAUGAAAUUAUUAAGAAUUUGGAAAUUUAAUAUUUAUUGCAUGUUACAAUAAAACAAAAAUAGACAACUCUGGUUCGA